GCGGGCCGGGAAGCGACGGCCCCUGAGCCACGGCCGGGAGCGAGACGGCGCCGCGACCGGGAUCGGGAUCAGGAUCGGGACCGGGACCAGGGUUCCCCAGAAGAACAUGCUGUAAGGCCAGUCAGCACAGCUGCUGCUUCCAGUCCUGGCGUGCCCAGACCUCAGGGAGGAAGAUGGCAACAGCUCAGGGAGCAGGAAGCAGUUCAGCCGGGCCAUCCGGACUCUCUGCUUCUACCCCGGGGCACGGCAGCAACUCUGCAGCAGUGGCUGUGUGGGAAUGGCAGGAUGAAUUUGGCAGGUGGAGGCCGUACCCAGGGAAUGUCUGCAGCUACAUUGAGCAGGUUUUUCAGGCCUCUCAGCAGAAGGGCCGGCGCUCAGGGUCAGGGCUGCCCAGCAGCAUCCCCUUGGGUCACGCGGAUCCUGCCUUGGCCCCUUAUGUCAUCGACAUUCCCAGCUUGAUGCAGUUCCGGCAGGACACAGGGACCAUGCGGGCUGUGCGCAGGCACCUCUUCCCCGGGGACUCUGCGGCCGGGCAGGGCGUCGUCUGGGAGUGGCAGAACGACGAGGGCGGCUGGUCUCCCUACGAGAUGAACGUCUGUGUGUUCCUGGAACAAGCCCAGGCCACAAACCACCAGCGAGUAGAUCUCGGACCUUUGGGUUACAACUAUGAAAUUGACUUUGUGGCUCAAACCCAGACCAACAAGACCACCAAGUUCCGCCGCGGCGUUCAGAGACGUUUGGACGCGCCGUACCCAGUGACGGCCUCCCCGACAGCCCUGCACACGGGGCUGGCCUGUUCUUGCCAGCAGUGCUGGUUAAGCAGUGGCACUGGGCCCAUCACCACACGCUACCGUCACUCCAUGAUCAACUUCCCCAACUCUUCUGCCAGCCAUCAGGUUCCCGGCAGGACGGCGUCUGGCAGUUCCUCCGGCUUCGUGCCCUAUAACAAAGCGACUUUGACUGGAGCGAGGUCGACACCCAGACUCAAUGCACAGAGCACGUGGGCUUUGCCUCAAGCAGGAGGCCCCAGCACAGGAUUGCCUGCAUCUAAUGGAGUCAGUGCCCCAAACCUUCCAGUCAAGAUGUCCAAACCCAGCAAGGUGAACCAAGCCCUGGCAGGCAUGACGGCUAUUCUGAUGUCAGCCGCCGGACUCCCCGUGCACCUCACCUGUGUGCCUCCAGCUGCCAGCACCCAUAAAGCCACUAAAACCCACCUCUCACUUAAGGAGGGGAGGAAAGUGUCCAAGAAAGCGACUCCAACCGAGCCCGAAGCUGUGGUGAAGAGGUACCUGGAAGAGCUGAAGGGUGCUGCUGUCGAGGAGGACUGUGUCAUCUGCAUGGAGAAGCUGAGCUCGCCCUCGGGCUACGGCAGCGAAGGGCAGCAGGGCAGCGUGGGGCCCGAGCGGGUGGGUCGCCUGCGGCUGUGCCAACACCCCUUCCACACGCUCUGCGUGCUCACCAUGUACUGCAGCGGCAACCAGGACGGGAGCUUGCAGUGCCCCACGUGUAAAACCAUCUAUGGAGAGAAAACUGGGAGUCAGCCCAAAGGGAAGAUGGAGGUUUCCACUCUUCCCCAGUCCCUCCCUGGCCACAAGGACUGUGGCACCAUCCAGAUUGUCUAUCACAUCCGUAGAGGGAUCCAGGGCCCUGAGCACCCCAACCCUGGGAUGCCCUACACAGCAAGAGGCUUUCCUCGUUACUGUUACCUGCCAGACAACGAGAAGGGCAGAAAGGUCCUGGAGCUGCUGAGGGUGGCCUGGAAGAGGCGCCUCAUUUUCUCUGUGGGCACCUCCAGCACCACGGGCGAGAGCAACACGGUGGUGUGGAACGAGAUCCACCACAAGACAGAGAGGGACACAAACCUCAGUGGCCAUGGCUACCCUGACCCCUACUACCUGGACAACGUGCUGGCAGAGCUGGCAGCACAGGGUGUCACCGAGGACUGCCUGGCAGCCUGAGCCUCGGGGCCAGCCGCUGCUGCACUUCACUCCCGUUGCCUUAAGCUCCCGUGUCUGACCCCUGUCACACUGAGCAAUAACACUGGCCUGGGGGAGCUCU